CGUGGUGGUGGGAACGGUAGCAAGAUGGCGGCGCUGAAGGAGGAGCAGUGCUACGGACUGUCCUGUGGAAGAGUGAGCAACGGCAGCAAUGUCUCCGUCUUUCACGUUAAACUCACUGACAGCGCGCUGAGAGCGUUUGAGGGCUACCAGAGCAGCAAGGUCCUGUCGUCAAGACCAUUGAUCAGAUUUAAUGGAAAUCAAGGGAAAAUUUCAAUACCACGGUCAGAAAAUUCCGGUGAACUGCAAACGUUUACUUUCUACCUGUCUAAUGUGGGCCGAGAUAACCCCCAGGGCAGCUUCGACUGCAUCCAGCAGUACAUCACCAGUGAAGGGAGCAUUCAGCUGGAUUGUUUGGGUGGGAUCCAGGACAAGAUUACAGUAUGUGCCACAGACGACUCCUACCAGAAGGCAAGGGAAAACAUGGCCCAGGUCGAGGAGGAGACUCGCAGUAGGAGUGCCAUCGUCAUUAAGCCUGGGGGAAGAUACGUAGGUAAGAAGGUUCAGAUCCGGAAACCGGCACCUGGCCUCUCUGACGUCGCCCCGUCUCGGAGGACAUCUCGGCCUGUCAUCAUCUCUAGCGGUACACUGAAGAAGGGCACAGCUCAGCACAGGCCGCUCCGAGAGCGCCUCACACACCUGCUGGCCCUCAAGCCUUACAAGAAGCCUGAGCUGAUCCUGAGGUUGCAGAAAGAUGGCCUCUUGCCAUUAGAUAAGGACUCUCUGGACAGCCACCUGCAACAGGUGGCGAACCUGAAUGGGAGAGACAACACCUUCACAUUGAAGGAUUUUUUGUAUAAGGAUAUUCAGAAGGACUGGCCGGGCUACACAGAAGGAGACCAGCAGCUUCUCAAGAGAAUCCUGUUUAAGAAACAGAGCCAGGCCCAGAACAGCUCUGCCCCUCCACUGGAGAGCCCGCCCAAAGAGCUGGCCAGCAGCUCGCCAUCUCAGAAACGGCCCGCUGUUGACUUCAUUGACCCUCUCGCAAACAAGAAGCCCAGGAUAUCACACCUUGCCAGCAAGGCUGCAACAGCCCCAGUUAAUGGCAAGCUCAGCUCCUCCUCUAAUGGUAGAGGGGAGGCAGGCGGAGCGCAGCCAGGAGUGGCGGUUUCUACGUCAGACAGCGGCACGACGUCCAGCUCUCAGCCGCUCCCCGUGCUGGACAUCCCUCGUCCUUUCGAAGCACUGUCGGACGUCAGCAAUGACUCCAGCCACAACGGGAGAGACUGUGACUCUCAGGAAACAGUGGUGUCCGAGAGGCUCAGCCAACCUCCUUCGCUGUUCACGGGCUCGACGAUGCUCACAGCACCCAGCGUCGCCACAUCAUCUCCUAAACACACAGCCCCAGAUGGCCCUCGGGCCAAGAGUCCAUCCUCCAACAGCAAGUCCAGGAAGAAGUCAAAAAAGCAUAAAGACAAGGAGAAGAGCAAAGACAAAGACAAGGAGAAGGUGAGAGAAAGGGCGCAGGAGAAGGAGGAGAAGAAGAGGAGUCGUGGGGAGCGUGUGCCUGGACCGAACCGAGCCUGCGAGAUGAGCCCAGGAAACCUCAAAAGCAACAGUAUUCCACACAAAAGCACAGAUCUGAAUGGGAUGUGCAACAGUACCAGUAUUCCUUCGUCAUCACCUGAGGUGGCAGACUAUUUAUUGAAGUACACGGUGAUCAGCUCUCUGGAGCAGCGUCAGAGGUAUAAAAACGAUUUCAACGCCGAGUACAGUGAGUACCGGGGUCUGCAUGCUCGGAUAGAGUGCAUCACCCGGCAGUUCACUGUGCUUGACAAUGAGCUCAAACAGCUCCAUCAAGGCACAGACAAGUACAAGACAAUCCACAAUCAGAUACUUGAAGAGUAUCAUAAAAUAAAAAAGACUAAUCCAAACUAUAGCCAAGAGAAGAACCGCUGUGAAUAUCUACACAACAAACUGGCACAUAUAAAGAGACUUAUUGCCGAGUACGAUCAACAGCAACUUUAAAAGUAGUUCUUAGACACUGUUUCCCUGUUAUCUCUGGAAACCAAGCAGAUAAAGGAAAACUCUGGAUUCCACUUGUGCUAAGAAAAAUAACUGUUCUCAUGAGAGAUGCCAUGAAAGGAGUAUUCCCCUCAUUGGGCCGAAGGCUUUAAUGAGGACUAAGCAGGACACACAAUCUUUUUCUCUCUCUUUACUUUAUUUUUUUUUUUCUUUUUUUGGAAGAUGGGGUUGGGCCGAGUGUGGCCGGGUCCAUCUGUGUAGUUACAAUGAAUGCAUCCAAAAAAAAAAAAAAAAAAGGUUCUGUGUGGCUUUAUUUUUCUCAACAGCCCACCCUGCUUAUAGUGCACAGAGGUCUGAAAGAGUCAAUCACGGAAGCUUUCCCACUUUCUCGGGAGAUAAUCCAAAUAAUCUUUUUCCUGCUUUUGAAACUGGAGGGAACACUGAGAUGAAAACUUCAGAUUGUACGCCAAAUGCAACUAAUUUGUUUUUGAGAAAUGAAGCAUCAGUUUCCCCCUCGCAUAUACUGAAUCGAAUGGUUAUGAUGUUGAAUUUAUUUCUCUGUUUUUAUUUAUUUUUGACACUUAAAUUGGGGGGAUGAGUCUGUUUUACACUCCUCAAUAUCAGUACUUUAAAGCUGUCUCUUCUUUUCUGUCCUCACAUCUUGAAUGUCAGCCAGUAUUUUAUUCAGAAGCUGCCUUGCCCAUCUCAUUGUCAAUCUGUUGGCGUUAAUUAUAUUUUUUCUCUUCUAAAGAGACGCAGAUAUCACUAUUGAUGAAAUCAAAACGAUGCAUCUAAAUGCACAGUCAGAUGCAGGUCGGCUUUUAUUUUCUAAAACCAUGUGCAGAUGUCUUAACAGAGGGGACAUGUGUGAAAGUUUCCAGUUGCUCUCAAGCUGGAGGUUUUCUUCAAACACAGUUCUCCUCACUCAGCGGUGACGAGCUGCAGCGCUUGUUCAUCGGUUACAGCAGUGGUCUUUAGUCAUGGUUCAUCACAUAUUGUAUCAAUGAAAAACUAUAUUAAGCUCUUAAUUGGUUGUCUUUCCAGUUGAGGUCAUGAUGGCUUUUGUAGCAAUAGAACUAUUCAAAGUUGUCUGAAGAGUUUCGGCUUCAGAAGAUCCUCUAAUUGUAAGAUGGUGCAGGAAGCAGGGGAUGCAGAUCUGCAGGCUUUUUCUUAAUAUCUCGAAAAUGUUAACAAAAAAAAUUAAGUUUUCUUCCACAGAUCUGAAAUCUCCUUAGUAACCAUCAUCGUCACCUUUUGGUUCUGUUAAAAUGUGUUUACAGUGUCUUUUAAAAAGAUCAAAUGUUCUGUUUCGUCUGCUCAUCAACCCACGCGAUAGUCCAUCGAGACGACUGUUAAGACGAAGCCAUCCUCGAUCAUCUUCCAGGCGGAGGCCUCUCGGAGGAGAGAGGCACUUCCCCUGCGACCAGUUUUUGCCUUUUCAAAUGUGAUGUCAGAUAUUUACGGAGGUUGACCUGAAAUCCCGGAUCAGCUCUCCUCUCCGAGAAGAUGGAUCCACCUAUCCGACGACAAAUUAGAACUGUAUAUCGGAACUCAACCUGAUGAACGAGCGGGUCGAGUUUAGUCGGUGAAUGCAUUUCUUAUAUCAACCUUUUUAUGUGAAUAUGAAAAAUCAGCACUUUUUCUCCUGAUCUCGCUGUUACCUGAGGGUUUUGUCCAAAUGACACUUUUCUCUUUGUCCAUCAGAGUGCAUGCUUUAUGAAUGUGUUACAAUGAACAGUCUUUACUUGAAAAAAAAACUGCCCAAGGAUAUCGAAAGCCAAGCAAAGGCCUAGUCCAACCGAAUUUAGUAUGUAAUCAAUUCGACGUGGCUCUGACCAGCAUGUAUACCAAAGUGCUUACCUGAGUGGGAUGAAACAAAAACGCUCUACCAAAUGUUGGCAAAGGAACGUGUCACACUAUUCUCUACUUCCUGUUCUCAUUUCUUUUGUCAUAAUUUAUCGCCCAGUGGAAACUUGCUCAGUGGUUUUUUUUUGUUUUUUUUUUAUUAAAUAAUUUGUGUGUGUGUGUGUGUGUGUGUGUGUGUGUGUGUGUGUGUGUGUGUGAAGUCAGAGGAGGCUCCUUUGCCCCAGAUUGGAUUUGCAUGACUGGGCUCAAGUGUUUCAGUAUAACACCAGGUUUCAGAUUGUAUCACUCUCCUAAUGCAAACACUACAUUACGGCCAAUGCUUCAAGACUCAUCACAACAAUGCUGCUGGGUCAAGGCUGAGGCUGGAUCUGGGACUUGAUGUCUGGGCGACAAACGUGAAGUUUCUAAAGGUGAAUGUCUCAUCACCGGAGUCGGCAUCGCCCAGUACUGCAACCUUUAACAAGAAAGACACUUUUCAGCUCUCUUACUGUAUCUUGUUUUCCAGAAACAUCUAUGAUUACUGUAUUACACCUCUAUUACGGUCAGAAUCCAUUGUGAAUGAGUUCAUCAGUAAACACGUUUUGCUUCAACAGAGAGCAAACUGUUUGAGAGUAACAAUAUGCCAGCACAGGAGUACUGUUGUAUGAGAUGAUUGUGCCAAAAUGACCUGUUGUAUAGGUUUUUCUUUUCUUUUCUUUUCUCUGAGUAUAUACAUGCUGCUGUAUAAGCAAAGAGGGCUUUGGAGAAGAGUCAUGAAAUGUUGGCGCUAAAACCCAAAGCACGCUUUUUGAAAACCAUAAGGGACUGGGACUGAAAUUGAUCUUUGUUUCAAUAAAAAUCUUUAAAAUCCUUAUUUGUGAAAUUCUGAA